AUGCUGGAGCAAUUCGAAGGACCCAUCUUGAUUGAGAGGGCUAACUUUCUUGUUAAAAGCGAAAGGAGUUCUGCCAAUGACAAGAGACAAUGUGCUGUGAUAGCGAUCAACUACUUGGUUAGUUUGCGAUAUACCAAAUCACCUCAUUGGAGAGAUUUACUCAAUGCUAGCGGAUUGCGUAACGUUGAAACUGCUGAGAUAAUUCCAGUUGGCACCAAAAAGCAUUUGGCACUAUGCAAAGCCAUAGCACACGAAUACGCUGAAGCGAUAAAUAUUCUGGAAACGAUGCCUAAUGAGAGCAAUGAGUACUACAGGAACUUAGAAAUCAUAGCACAGCUUCUGCUUCUUUCAAAUAAUUUGAAGGGAUUGGAAGAGCUGGAAUACCGACUGACUGACUGUCACAGUGAAAAUACGAUCAGAGAUGAAUUGGAGGCUAUGAAACGAACACAGCUUCUGAUAUGCGGUGGAUAUUACCUGCAGGGGAGGUUCUUGGAUUUUUGUAAGAGCUUCUUCAAGUUUGAGAAAGACGAUCCCGAUUUUUGGAAUAUCUUACUGGCGACGGCUACUAAUCGCUUCUUCACAACAGAGGAACUGUUGCAAAUGGCGACAAUAUCGGUUGUAAUAUCGACACCAUUCGACAAUUACGGCGAUUUCCUAUCCGUCGAAAAUUUGACAAGAUUUAGGGAAGAAUGUCCUCUGAUGGAAAAAAGCCUGAAACUUCUCAGCAACACAUGCUUCGGUCGUUUCCUGGACCUUUGGGACAGCGAAAUUGACAGGAAGUGCUGCAAAAGCCUAUUCCUCUUUCGAGUCUGGGAAAGUGCUCGUUUUACUGUGAGAAACAAAGUCUAUUUCUUUUAUUUGAGAAUCUCAAAUAAACUGAAGGUCAGCUACUUAUCGCGAACCCUUAACAUUGAGGAAACAUUAGUUGAGCAAGAGGUUCAGCAACUGCUGGAAGAUUUACAUCUGAAUUUUGAGAUUGACGGUGAUACCAUAUACUACAGGAGUAGCCCUUUUUUGAUUAACGUUGUGCAAAAACUGGAGGAAAAUCGUGAGGUCAUCAAUCGAGCGCUGGAGUCUCGGAUUUUGACCACCAAACAGCUCAAAGACUCGCUACAAGAGGCGAUUAUAGAGAACAACGAUAAUCUACGGGAUAAUAGAAGUGAUACAGGCCCGUCGGCGACCGAUAGAACGGCCUAUCGAUAUGUUUUGGAUGAAGAAAUGGAUGUUGAUGAGAUAAACGAUAUUAGCGAUGCUGAGAGCGCGUCUUUUCUCUCAGGUAGUUAA